UGAAGGUUUAUUCUGGCAACUGCAGUGAUAACCUAACCUAGUGGAGCAGUGUUGUAGUGUAGUAGUGGUGGAGGCGGAGAGGCGAGCUCGUACGCGUGGCCGGAGCAUCUCACACUACCCAACUUUACCUGAUAGUUUAGAACAAUAAUAAGUGAACAAGAAGAACAAGAAUAACAUAGAACAGGAAUAACAACAAGAUUAAGUGAACAUGAAUAAGAAAACAAGUAUAACAGGACAAGAACAAUAAGAAUACGGAACAAGAACAAGACUAACAUAACAAGAACAACAAAAAUAACACAAUAAGAAUAACAGAACAAUAACAAGAAUAACAGAAGAUUAAUAACAAAAAUACUGUACGUGACCAAGAGUAAUUCAUAACAAAAAUAACAAGAACAAAAUUAACAAAAAAUAACAAUAGAACAAAAAUAACAUAAGAAAAUAAUUGAUAACAAGCAUAACAUAAAGUAUCACAAAUCCGUAUAACUGAAAAAUCCGGAUAACUAAGAAAGAAAGAAGUCCGGAUAUGGGAGGUGUCCAAGUGAAUGAUAAAACCGGAUUAAAAACCAUUAUUUGUGUAUGAGAAAUUAGGUUGGAAAAGAAGUACAGAUUACUGAAGGAUUUGAAGAACCGGACAGCUCAGAUAACAGGAGAAUUCAGAUAACAAAAGAAGAGUCCGGAUAAAGUGAAAGAUUUUGAAUAUAGGAAGAGUCUAUAUAAGCAUAUUAUCCGGAAAAUUAAAGAUCUGGAUAAUCGAACAUUCAGAAUAACCGAAAAUCUUUAUAAAUGUAAAAGCCGUGUAAACGAAAGGUCCGGUUAACUGAAGUCCAUAUAGCCGAAAAAUCUAUAUAAACGGAAAAUUCAUAUAACCACAAAGUCCUUAUAAACAAGAAGUCCGGAUAAACAAAAAUUCCAGAUAACAGGAAAUCGGAUAACAGAAAACUCCAGAUUACAGAAAAUUUUGGAUAAACUGGAAGUCCACAAAACAGAAAAGUCCAGAUAAACGAAAAGUCCAUAUACCAGACAAUCGGAUAACAGAAAAGUCCAGAUAACGGAAAGAUCCGGAUAACCGAAAGGUCCGGAUAAAGGUAAAAAUUCGGAUAAAGACGAAAAUUCGGAUAAAGAUGGCAACAGACAAGAUCCAGCGGACACUGGCCAUGAUCAAGCCGGAUGCGAUCGACAACUCGCCUGAUAUCGAGAAGGUUAUCAUGGACGAAGGCUUCACAGUGGUCGAGCGGAGGAGGGUGAGGCUGACCAGACCAGAGGCGGAGGAGUUCUAUGGGGAGCACCGAGGAAAGUCCUUCUACUCCUCACUGAUCGAAUACAUGACGUCAGGGGAGGUCCUUGCUCUCAUCCUCGCAGGAGACGACGCCAUCACCCACUGGAGGAAGGUCUUGGGGCCCACGCAGGUCUCUAGGGCCCGCGAGGAGGCCCCUGAGAGCAUUAGGGCCCGAUUCGGUGACCCUGACAAUGAUUCAAACAACGCAGUUCAUGGCUCAGACUCAGUCACUUCAGCCCAACGAGAGAUCAAGUUCUUCUUCCCCGACUUGACGCUGGAGCCGGUGUUGACAGGUGAGGGAGCCAAGGAGUACCUCAGUCACGCCGUCUCCCCGACACUGGUUCGAGCCCUCACGGAACUCUGCAAGGUUCGUCCGGAAGACCCAAUUGUGUGGUUGGCUGAUUGGCUGCUCGUUAACAACCCUAACAAGCCACUUAUGGACAACUGAACCAUUCAACCAAGAGAAAAGGUGAAGUAUUAAAGAAAAUGGGAAGUGUAGUAGAAAAUG